UAGAUGGAAAUCACAAAGCAGGAAUCCAGCUUUAAGAGAGAACACGUACAGCGGAGUGUCGGAUUUAUUGACGUUGGGGCGCGGCUACAAGACAAAGUCAAAUACGGUAUGACAACAGUCGCAUGAUAAGAUCUGUAGAGCUUAGGUCUCUGUGGUGGAUUCUCUCUUCAGCCUGUUCCGAAUGGCCAUUGUAGAAGCACUGAGGUCGCUGUGCUUCCCUGUGGAACUCUGUCGGCUAUUCCAUUUGAUCGCUGUGUUUUGUGUAGUGUCUUUCCUGUUCAAAACAGUGAAACUGUUCCGUAGAAAAUGGGAGAUGAUGACAGCAAUGAAACUGUUCCCGGGACCUCCUGCCCACUGGUUAUUUGGUCACGUACUGGAGUUUCCUCAGGAUGGGACAGAUUUAGACAAGACCAUGACAUGGGCAAAUCAAUAUCAGUAUGCUCAUCCAAUCUGGUUUGGUCCGUUUACAGUUUUCCUAAGUAUCAACCAUCCCGAUUAUGUUAAAACAUUACUUACAACUGCAGAGCCAAAAGAUGAUAUGGUGUACCAAUUUAUAACUCCUUGGAUUGGUGAUGGCUUACUGGUGAGUGUCGGACAGAAGUGGUUCCACCGCAGACGACUGUUAACACCUGGGUUUCACUAUGAUGUUUUGAAGCCAUACGUAAGACUGGUUGCGGAUUCCACCAAGAUCAUGCUGGAUAAAUGGGAGCAACUUUGCACAAAAGAAAACCAUACGCUGGAGAUCCACCAACACAUCAGCCUAAUGACAUUAGAUAGUAUUCUGAAAUGUGCCUUCAGUUACCGUGGCAACUGCCAGAUUGAAAGUGACAGUUCAUAUGUCAAGGCUGUGUAUGAACUCUGUUUCCUUUCCAAUCAGAGGUUUAGAACCUUUCCAUAUCACAGUAACCUAAUUUACUAUCUGAGUCCACAUGGCUAUCGUUUUCGGAAAGCCUGCAGCUUGGCACACCACCACACUGACGAAGUGAUACGCCAGAGGAAAGAAAUGCUGAAAAAUGAGAAGGAAUUGGAAAAAAGCAAAAAUAAGAGAUAUUUAGAUUUCUUGGAUAUUCUGCUUUGUGCAAGGGAUGAAGAUGGAAAAGGAUUAUCAGAUGAAGAAAUUCGAGCGGAGGUGGAUACGUUUAUGUUUGAAGGCCAUGACACCACAGCAGCUGGAAUCUCCUGGCUCUUGUACUGCCUGGCCCAAUAUCCAGAACACCAACAAAAGUGUAGGGAAGAAAUCCAGGAGCUUCUGGAGGGUCAUGAACAAAUAGAGUGGGAGUUGCUCAGUAAGAUGCCUUACAUUACAAUGUGCGUUAAGGAGUCUCUGCGACUUUUCCCCCCUGUGCCAGGGAUAUCCAGGAGGCUGACAAAACCACUCACAUUCUUUGAUGGGAGGAAGAUACCUGAAGGUUGCCUGGUUGGUGUAAGUAUCUACUGUAUUCACAGGAACCCUAUGAUUUGGGAUAAUCCAGAGGUUUUUGACCCUUUAAGAUUUUCCCCUGAAAAUUCAGCAAGCAGACACACACAUGCCUUCAUACCUUUUUCUGCUGGACCAAGGAAUUGCAUUGGUCAGCACUUUGCCAUGAAUGAAAUGAAGGUGGCUGUCGCGCUGAUUAUUAAUCGAUUUGAACUGGAAAUCGAUGAGUCAAAACCACCACUUAAAAUACCUCAGCUGAUCCUUCGAUCCAAAAAUGGGAUACACCUGAGGAUUAAAAAACUACAAUAAUGUCAGCCUGCAAGAAUAACUGAAAUAACUGAGAAAUAAGAAAGUAAUAAUAUCAAAAUCAAACAAAUCAAUCUGUAAGUGAGAUAACUGUAGCAAUAUUGCUGUGGCAGUAAAGAUUAUUUUUAAAAAAACACAGCAAAACCUGCAUUGAAGGAGUUUAUUACCAGUCCCUACGGUAUUAUUUCAAUAACAUUUUCAGAGUGAAAUCUCAGCCAAGGCUCAAAUCGUCUUGGAAAAUGCAAGUUUUACAAUGUCUUUUGAUUCCCACAGUUAUAUUUAUGCUCAAUUAGCCAAAUAGCUCCCGUAGCAUCUGGUGUUCAUUAUGAAUUGUUUUAAUUUGUUUCUAUCUAUUGUUGAUGAACACCCUGGUAAACUUGAUAGCCAGGCCGCCUCAUACAAUUGAUGUAUAAUGAUAUCUACACAUAUCAAUUAACCUAUUUUGAUUUAAAUAUUUUCACAAAAUUAAGCAAUGAGAGUAAAUUACUAAGAGGGGCAACACCCCAAUUAUCACCUAAGUUAGUUAACAAUCACUGGUUUAUGAACAAAAAUUGAUUUUGUUUGAAUAAUUCUAUUUCUUGGAAAUGCAAUAAGGAUACAACAAAGUGGAACCAUUAUUACACAUAACAGAUGGGAAGAACAUUUAACCAACAUUACUGACAGCAAUUUUUUUCUUCAAUGCAACUACCACUUUUUGCUAAUUUGGACUGAAAUGCAAUGUGAAUCCGUCGAUCAUAGGAGGAUGGGGCAGAAUGAUUGUUGUAGGAUUAAACGAAGCUUAUAGGCCUUUUUUUCACCCACGUAGCUCAAUCUGUAAUUAUAUUUAGUGCAUAGUAAUAGUGUAUGUCCUGUCUUGUUGUUUGACACUAAACAAGUGUUCCCAGUUCUCUGGACUUCAAUAAUGCCAGUGGUUCCCUUCAGCAGCUUCAUUACAUGUCACCGAGUUUUCCCUUGGACUUCUUAAUCUAUUUUAUGUGAGUCCCCAAACAAAUCAGAUAAAUCUAACAUUAAUAUAAAAUUUAGACCAACAUCUGAAGCGAUUGAAUGCAGCUGUCUGUAUUUUUUUUCCAAAUAAAUGACUAUUUUUUCUGAAAGGCAAUAGCAUUUUAAGUUUUGGUUGUUUCAGAGAAAAGUAGCUCUAAAAGGAAAAUACUUUCUACAUAAAGCAACACUUGAUAAGUGACAAAUUAUUUAAAGGGUUAAAAUAUUAUGUUUUUGUUAGGAAGUUUAAUGGUAAUAACAUUAGACAUUAUCCCUGGAUGGUGAAUGAAGUUUGCUGAGGGUCAUGCCAGGAGCAACAUGAGGCAAACCCUAUAUAAUUAUUUAACACAGUCUGUAGUGAAGCAUGAGGCCUAAUGGAACAAGGAAAUCUGUGAUAAAUAGGGAUUUGUUAGUGGUGAUUUGAUUGCAUAAAUACGGACACUUGGUAAUCAGUGGAGUGUGAGUUCCUUGGAAUAUGUCUAAUGAAAAUAAGGCUUUCAUUAAAGAUGUGGAUUUGGACUCCGUUCAAGGACAAUUAUUUUCUGGUAUAACAAAGUGUGGAGCUGGAUGAA